AUGGGAGGAAUGGGUGGAGGAAUGGGAGGAAUGGGAGGUGGAAUGGGAGGAAUGGGAAUCGGGUCCAGAGCUGCCGAGCCGUACCGCCUGGCCACCCAUGAGAGCCCGACCUCCCCUCGACACAUGCAGUCCAGCCAGGGCCCGGCCUCCGGUCACGGGAUGGGCCACGGUCCAGGUCACGGUCACGGUCCAGGCCACGGUCCGGCCGGCAUGGGAGUCCACGGAGGCCAGAGCCCCGGUCAGCACGCCUCCCGCCGAAACCUCCAGGUCGACUUCAGCGGCUCCAGAACCGGCCGGUCUCCCUCGGCGUCCCCUGACCGCAGCGUGACGCCCACCUCGCCCUACUCGGUGCCCCAGAUCGCGCCCAUGCCGAGCAGCAAGCUGUGCCCGGUGUGCACCACCACGGAGCUGUCCAACCCACCGGCCGUACCCAACUACAACACCUGCACCCAGUGUAAGGCCACCGUCUGCAACCAGUGCGGAUUCAACCCCAACCCGCACCUCACCGAGGUCCAGGAAUGGCUGUGUCUGAACUGUCAGAUGCAGAGAGCUCUUGGCAUUGAUAUGACCACGCCUCGCUCCAAGAGCCAACAGCAGAUUCACUCUCCGUCCCACCAAGCCAAGCCCAUUGUCCAGCCUCAGCAGCCCGCACCUCAGCCAACACAGCCGGCGGCGGCAGCAGCAGCAGCACAGCCCAAACCUUUGGCACAGAGUCAGCCCACCCAGCGGCAGCAGCAGCAGCAGCAGCCUCCGUCUCAGCCCUACGGCCAGAACCAACCGUACUCCCAGGCCCAGCCGUACUCGCAGCCCCAGCAGUAUCCCCAGUCGCAGCCCCAGUCGUACCCUCCGCCGCAGUCCCAGACCCAGCCUCACGCCUCCCCGGGCUUACAGAGACAUCCAGGCCCUGGCGGCCCCCAGUCUCAGACAGGACCCUCUCAGCAGGGCAUGAGGUCUGACCCGUACGCCCAGAGAGGUCCUGGAGCUCCUGGAGGUCCAACAGGAGGCCCCAGCCAGCCGGCCGGUCCUCGGAUUCCCCAUCCUGGAGCUGUACCCCUUCCUGGUUUGACUAAAGCACCCUCCCAGCCCGAUUUGGGCCGCGGUUCCCCGAUGCACCAGUCGAUGGCGCGGCACCACGACCAGACCAGAAGUGCUGGAUCCUCCCCGGCCCACAGACCUCAGAGUCAGGCACCUCCUCCCGCCCAGGACGGCCUGACCAAACUCUUCGGCUUCGGGGCGUCGCUGCUCAAUCAGGCCAGUACCCUGAUCAAUGUUGACCCUCUACCCACCGCCUCCACCCAGCCGAGCCCUGCGCGAGGCAAGGUGGUGUUCAGCAAUGCAACCCCCGACAGCCGACAGCAGCAAGGGGCACCCGGCAGCAAACCCUUCAGCAUGGGCGGCCCUCACGCUCCGAGCCAAAUGGGGGGUCCUCACGCGCCGAGCCAAAUGGGGGGUCCUCACGCGCCGAGCCAAAUGGGGGGUCCUCAUGCGCCGAGCCAAAUGGGGGGUCCUCAUGCGCCAGGCCAAAUGGGGGGUCCAAUGAGUGGACCACAUGCCCCCAAGCAGCAGCAGCAGCAGCAGGCCAUGCCCCACCAACAGGAAAUGUCACCAGCUCAUCAUCAAAAAGGGCCGCAAGGACAUCAGCAGACUCCGGCUCACCUGCAGAAAGCGCCGCAGAAGCAGGAGCCCGUCGCAGCGCCGGCGGUCGCCCCGGAGCCGGCCAAGCCCAAAGUUAACUGUCCUCUUUGUAAAACGGAGCUGAACAUCGGCAGCUCCGAGCCGCCCAACUACAACUCGUGUACGCAGUGCCACAGCCAAGUGUGCAACCUGUGCGGCUUCAACCCGACGCCACACCUGGUGGAGAAAAAAGAGUGGUUAUGUCUAAACUGCCAGACCCAGCGGCUGAUGUCUGGAGGCGGCCUCGACGAACCUCCGCUUCCUGUUCCUCACCCGUCUCCCAAGCACCAGCCAAUGGGCUCGCCUCGUCACCAGACCCCCACCAGUCAGCAGAGCCCUCUCCACAAGCCCGCCACUCAGCAGGGGCCCAAGCAGACCCAGCCGCAGACACAGAAACAGCAGCCGACACCCGGCAGCGGCGGACCGUUCGCGCCGACGGCUGCCAAACAACCGACCGACACCAAGACUACGACGCCGGCGCCGACCACAGAGAAACAGCCAAAACCCACAGAGGACAAGCCCAAGAUCGAGCCGGAGAACCAAACUGCCAAAGAGACCAAACCCUCCCAGAAGAAGGGAGAGCAGAUCACACCGAUCAAGGAAAUCAAGAAGUCCAGGCACUACGACGAUACGAAAAACAACAGCACCCACGACUUGUCGCGCAGCCCCCAGAGCCUCAGUGACACCGGAUACUCCUCUGAUGGCAUCUCCAGCUCCCACAGUGAAAUAACAGGCCUAAUCCAAGAGGAGGAGAUGAAGCUGAGCGAGAGAGGAAUCUGCGGUCGGGGUUCCCCGCCGAGCCCCUCUGAAAUCACCAAGCUGGAAAGCUCCAUGAGGCCACUGCUGGAGAAGAGCCUCUCCGAGGAGAAGCCAGACAGAAGGGGGAGGAAGCACAGGGACAGAGACUUGGAUGACAGAGGGAAGCAGCGUCCUCGUUCCCUGUCGAUCCCGCCGGACGCAUACGACUCCGACGAGGAGCUCGAGGACAUACUGGAGGAAGAAGAGGAUGGAGGAGACUGGGAGGGUAAACGGAAGGAAGCGAAGGAGGACAAGAAGGAAAAGAAAAAGAAGGAUGCCGAGCCCACGGAGAUGACUGACGAGGAGUUCAUGAGGAGACAAAUAAUGGAGAUGAGUGCUGACGAAGACAACGAGGAAGAGGAGGAGAUGGAGGAAGAUGAAGAUGAGGAAGACGAAGGAUAUGGCUACCAGAAACCCAAGAAAAGCCACCACAAGCACAUCAUCUCUGACUCAGGUAAAGAAAAGAGACGCCUUCAGCACCACUCUAGCAGUUUUGAGGAGGAAACCAAGAGCUCCACGGAUGUUUAUAAAGGUUCGGUGGAGGAGGGCGAGGAAGAUGUGAUGGCGUCACAAGGAGGCCUGAGGCGCUUCAAAACCAUUGAGCUCAACAACACCAACAGCUACAGCCGAGACAUGGAGCUGGGCAAUGAAAAUGACUUGAGCCUUGAUCGGGAGCCAGAGUUAGAGAUGGAGAGCCUGACGGGUUCUCCAGAGGAACGUUCACGAGGUGACUACUCCUCGACUCUGCCGCCAACUUCCUCCUCGUAUGGUUCGGGUCAGUCUCCCACUUCCAUCUCAUCAAUGGAGGAAGACAGUGACAGCAGUCCCAGCAGGAGGCAAAGGCUGGAAGAGGCCAAGCAGCAGAGGAAAGCACGGCACCGGUCCCAUGGCCCUCUGCUUCCUACCAUAGAAGACUCUUCAGAGGAGGACGAACUAAGGGAAGAGGAGGAACUUCUCAGAGAGCAGGAGAAGAUGAGAGAGGUAGAACAACAGAGAAUAAGAAGUACAGCACGAAAAACCAAGAGAGAUAAGGAGGAACUGAGGGCUCAGAGGCGCAGGGAAAGGUCCAAGACACCACCAAGCAAUCUCUCUCCAAUUGAGGAUGCUUCUCCAACAGAAGAGCUGAGACAGGCAGCAGAAAUGGAAGAGCUCCAUCGUUCCUCUGCUUCUGAAUAUUCCCCUCAAAGUCUGGACUCGGAGGCUGAAGGGUAUGAGUCCAAACUCUACAAGUCAGGAAGUGAGUACAACCUGCCUACCUUUAUGUCUCUCUACUCCCCAAUAGAGAAAUCAUCAACUACAACAACCACCACAGCACCGUCUUCAACCUCCAAACCACUAAAGAGUGCUGAAGAGGUGUAUGAGGAGAUGAUGAGGAAGGCAGAGAUGCUCCAGAAACAACAGAAACAGCAGCAGCAGCAACAGCCACAUGGAAGGCAUGGGCAGUACUACGAGGAAGACAUCAAUGGACAAAGCUACGAUGAUGACUAUGAAUAUGAACAAGAUCAAGCUGGAUAUGACAAUGAGGCAGUAGAGACGGAAACGGAUAUUUACGAGGAGAUCCGACAGACAUCUCAAAACAUCACCAAGAUGCAGCAAGCCACAGAUGAGCAAGUAGAGAUUGAGAUUGAGAGCUCUUACCCAGACAAACAGCUAUUAGACACAGGCUCAGCCUUUGCUAAGCUGUUGGAGCAAAGCAAUGCUCUCCUGACUCCAGGGACCAGCCCAACGCAGAUUUCUGCUCCCGUCUCCUUUGCUGAGACUGGAGGACGGAUCCCUGACGUCAGAGUUACCCAGCACUUCUCAGCAAAGGAUGGGCACAAAGACAGGAUCAAAACCCAAGCAGGAAAGAAUGGAAUAACCCCAACAGUGGCUGCCACCACUAUCGCAGCUUAUGGAGUUUAUGCCAGGGAUGCAGUGACAAUUUCUCAGACUGGUACAAGCCACACUAUGACUACUACUCAGUCUGAUAUAUGUCGCAGACACUCAGGAAGUCCCGCCACAUCCUCAGCUACAGUCUCAAGUGUGUGCAGCAAGAUUGCAGAGAUUACCCAGGCCUACAGUCAAAGAGAGGUGAUCACAAGAAGGGUCGGGGAGACCAGGGGAGUCCAAGUGCGAGACAGUUCAACAUCUUCUACUGAGAGAAUUAUUGAGCCACGUUCUCCCAAAUAUACUACCUAUUACAGGAGCACUAGCCCUCCUCUUUCUCCAUCACCGCCACCGCAGAGUCCCACCCGUUCCCCUUCCAGAAGAGCUACAGCUGAGUUCUCCACGCAGACUUUCAGUUCAGCACUACGAAUGGACUCAGCUGGCUCUGGGCCUACAUCCCCAGUCAUGGCUCAGGGAACCCAAACGGCACAUCGAUCAGUUUCCCCAAGGCUCUAUCGGCAGCAGUCUUCCCAGGAUGCCCCAUACUCUCCACCUUCAAGCCCCGCUAGGCCAAUGACAGUCAACACUGCUACUUCUCCGCUCUCUUCACCUACCCGAUUUAGUCGCCAAUCAACAUUUGAAAGCUACUCACCAUGUAACAGCCCUCCAGACACGCCACCUUACCAACAGUCGCCUACACGCAGCUUUUAUCGAACACAGAGAGUGGAGAAGGUAAAUGUGGGAACGAGUAUGGUAACCACAGGAAGCAUGUAUACCAGAGGGUCCAUGUCAAUGGAUAAUAUCUCCCUCUGUAGAAUAUCUACAGUCCCGGGUACUUCAAGAGUAGAACAGGGCCAUAUGAUCCAAGGGGGAAGUGUUGUGGACCUAAGAACAGCCACCAAAGCUGCUCCUAUUAUCAUGACUGACCAGGGAAUGGAUCUCACUUCCUUAGCCACAGAAAGCAGGAAAUACCAUGGUGGAUCCGAAGGUAGCAGACAUUCAACGAUUGUACAGCCACUGAUUAUGAACUUGAACACCCAGGAGACCACCACACCAACCACUGUGAGUGUCACUGUGGCUGCUUCUAUGUUUAUGACCCAACCUAAACAGCCGACAGUGUAUGGAGAUCCCCAUCAAAACCGAGUGGAUCUGGGCCAGGGCAUGGGCUCGGCAGUGUGUCUUUCCCAGAACAAACCAAUUUCACCCCCAACUGACCCAUCAAUACCGAAAAUUGAUGCCAAACUGGAAGACCUCAGUAUCCAACAGAGAGAGUUACAAAAACAACAAGAGAAGCUUCAGAAACAGCAAGAGCUCCUUGAACAACAGCUACAGCAGCACCAUCAGCUGCAACAUCAGCAACAACAAGUGUCUGCUUUGGCCAGGUAUGGCCUCACUAGCCAGAUCCCACCUAUAAUGAAAAAAGACUUGCUUGUUAGCCAGACUAGCACUGCCUCAGCUGUCGUCAGUGCUGUGUCACCAGUUAUUAACCCUGAGCUGUAUGGCACUGGUCCUGUUGAACUGAAAGGGAAACCCAGUCCCCCUGGUAUGAUGCCAGGAGGUAAAUCACCACAUAGUAUGGUGGUACAAAUGGAUGGCGGCCCAGAGAUGGCCAGGGCAGUGACUCAGCUAGUGAAGGUAGAAGAAGGUCAGGAUGCUGUGGAUCUGACAGGAGGGCAAAUUAAACCUGACAACCAACCAGCUUGCUGUGAUGUUGUUUAUCGACUUCCAUUCGGUGGAAGCUGUGUUGGUGGUCCUGAGAAAGAGGGCAUAAGGCCUCCAUCUGCCCCACCUCUCAGCUAUGAGUCUGAUCAAGAAAGACAACCUGGAAGGUAUCAUGAGUAUCCAAUGGAUGAACGCAAGGCUUACACGCUACCUUUUCCUGGUAGGCUACAACCUUCAAUGUCUGAUACAAACCUUGCUGACGCUGGCCUACAGUCCUACCAUUCAAAAUUGGAACCUCAUCUCCAAGCAUCAGGAGAACUUGCUAUGGAUUUAACUGCUAUGAAACAGGGUUAUGGAGGAUAUAUGGGGAUGCAGUAUGGUUCCUAUACAGACUUACGUCAUGGAGGAGACAUUACUGCCCAAACACUGCCUAUAAGAAGAUAUAAUUCCUUGUCUAACAUCAGUUCAGAUUAUGGCUAUUCUGCUCGUGACAUUGCUAGCUUCCAAGAAGCUAACUUAGCUCAGUACAGUGCUACAACUGCAAGGGAGAUCAGCCGCAUGUGUGCAGCACUCAAUUCCAUGGAUCGUUAUGGAAGCAACCCAGACUUGAUGCAGUUUGGCAGCUUAGGGAGAGGAACUGGACCAGGGGCUGCCAGACUUGCAGCAGGUCUUGGCAUGAGACAAAACCUUCUCUUUGGACUAGAUGGGAAACCAAUCUCUCACAGUCAAGCACUGACCAACCUUAUCAAUGCCAGACAGGCAAGUCUGAGAGCCAUGUACCCUGCUGCUAUCAGGUCCUCUGAUGGGAUGAUCUACUCCACCAUUCAGACACCUAUCGCUUCAACUCUUCCCAUCACAACCCAGCCUGCUUCUGUCCUUCGCCCAAUACUGAGGGGAGUCUACAGGCCAUACCCCUCUGCUAACAUGACACCAGUGCCCCUGUCCAGUCUUAGUAGACUGCCAAUGAGCCCUAGAAUGCCCCUAGCUGGACAAACUCCAGUCCGUUACCCAACACCAGGUCUUCUCCAGACAACAUCAACCACUGCCACUACUGCUGCUGCUGCAACAACUUCCGCACCAGUAGGGGCUCCAGUGUCUGUUUCCAUGACGACUGCUAGCUCAACAGCCCAGGAUGAACCAGUUUACCUUGGCAAAGGUGCCACAGUGACCUCCUCAUCAGCAGAGGUCACCCCAGCACAUGGAACACUUGUCAUACCAACUGACCCCCAGCAACAGCCUAUAAACCUGUCCCAAGCGCACCUGAGCCAACAACAGAAACAAGUAACAACCGGUCAGCAGUCACGACAGCCUCCUCCUGCAGCUCAUGCCUACCCACCCUCAGGUCCUGCACACACCCAUGGCUUCACCCAACCUCCUGGAGGCCCAUCUGCCCCCGCAGGCGGCCUACCCAUUGCAGGUGGUCUACCUCCCUUCCCUCCACCCGGUGCCAUACACAAAGAGGGUGAAACCGAGGCAGAGAGGCUGCACCGACAACAGGAGCAGCUCCUGCAGAUGGAGAGGGAGCGCGUGGAGCUCGAAAAACUCCGGCAGUUCCGUCUGCAAGAGGAGCUGGAACGAGAAAGGAUUGAGCUGAAGCUCCACAGGGAGAAGGAGCAGAUACUGGUGCAGAGAGAGUUGCAGGAGCUGCAGACCAUCAAGGAACAGGUUCUGCAGCAGCAGCAGCAUGAACGUGAGAAGCAACUGGUCCUCCAGCGGGAGCAGCUGGCCCAGCAGAAGUCCCAGUUAGACCAGAUCCAGUCCCUACAGCAUCAGCUCCAGCAGCAGCUUGAAGAACAGAAGAGACAGAAAACAGCUGCUGCAACUCAUGGACUGGAUAUGAAUGGACAGCCCCUGCACCCCUACGCAGACUCCCAGAUGGGCUCUCGGUCGCUCCCCAACUCCUCGUCGGAGAUGUGCCUGAGGAGCCAGGAGGAGGUGAUGGAGACCAGGACCAACAUGAGGAAGCACAGCUCCAUGACCAGGCUGAGCAGGGACAGCUUGGACGGCGACGGCGUGGUGUUCUACGGCUCCCCCCGCAGGAUCGUGGACAGCUGUGUGCAGACCGACGACGAGGACGGAGAGGAGAGGUACAUGAUGCGUCAUCGCACCAGGAGGCGUGGCCGCAGCGUCGACUGCUCCGUCCAGACGGAUGACGACGAGGACAAGGCUGAGACAGAGCAUCCCGUCCGCCGCCGACGUUCCCGUUUCUCCCGACACUCUGAGUCCAGUGCAGCCGGCGGCAGCAGCGCCGCCACAACCGCAACCACAGACGCCAAAACUGACACCUCCAAGAUGGUUUCCUCCAGUAUUGCCAUCCAGACCAUCAGGGAAAUGUCCUGCCAGACGGAAGUUGAGCACCUUGGAAGAGUCUCCCCAGCGAUCCACGUGACGGUACCAGACCCUAAUAAAGUGGAGAUUGUGCACUACAUCUCUGGACCGGAGCGAACCCAAAAAGGGCAAUCCCUAGCAUGCCAGACCGACCCAGAAGCCCAGUCACAGGGUGUUGUAGCCCCCCAGCUCAGCGUGCCAACCACAAUCAGUCCAUAUUCUUCCUCCACCAGCACUGGGACGCAACAGUCCAGUUCUGUCGACCUUCUGACCCAGCAGCGCCAGCAGCAGCACAUUGCAGCAAAUGCAGCCAAGUUUGAGCGACGUCGCCCCGACCCACUCGACAUCAACUACCAGCCUCACAACCACCUCCACAACGAAUCCAUCUCCAGCAUCAUCCGGCAGCAGCAGACCCCCAAGUCUCCACAAGUCCUGUACUCUCCCGUUUCGCCGGUUUCCCCUCACCGCCUGCUGGAGACCUCACUGUCAAGCGAAAGGCUCAACAAGGCCCAUGUCACGCCACAGCAGAAGUCCUACACGGCUGAGUCUCCCCAGCGACACCCGUCUGUACCCCGACCCAUCAAGAGCACCCAGAGGUCCAUGUCAGACCCCAAACCCCUUAGCCCCACCACCGACGAGCACACCAAGGCCAGGCUUACCCUGUACCAACAGCAAGCGCUCCAGAGCCAGCUGGCCGCCCUACAGCAGAGCUCGCUGCUCCGCAAGGUCAAGCGAACCCUGCCCAGUCCUCCUCCAGAGGAGACCGCCGCAUCAGCCCACCUGCCCAUGAUGACACCCGCCCUCCAACAGGUCUACCUGCCCUCCGUGCCCAGCCUCAAGCCCAGCUCCAGGUCUGGCCUGGCUGCUAAAGCCAGCCUCCUCAAAGACCUCACCCACGAGCUGAAGGCCGUGGAGCAAGAGUCGACCAAGCUGAGAAAGCAGCAAGCCGAACUGGAGGAGGAAGAGAAAGAGAUCGACGCUAAACUGAGAUAUCUAGAGCUGGGGAUCCACCAGAGGAAAGAGACGCUGGUGAAGGAGAGGGAGAGAAGGGAUAUUGCCUAUCUGAGGUGUAUGGGGGACACUAGGGACUAUAUGUCUGAUAGUGAAUUGAAUAACCUUCGUUUAGCAGCAGCAGCUGCAUCACAUGAGACUAAUGGGCUACUAACGACUAGACCAAGCACUGCCCCGCUCAGCCAGUUCACCAGUGACCUCAACACAGCAGCCCAGUACCCACCCACCUCAUCCUUCCUCUCCUGUCAGUACCCCCAGAGCCAACCGCCAGCACCAUCUCAAUCGAGUGUGCCAUACCAGUCUUCAACAUUCAACCAGCCUCCCUACCCAACAGUGUCACAGUCACAGGCACUGCCACAGCCCACUCCCCUUCAGAGCCAUGCCCCCCCUCCUGGACCUUCCUACCAGUCUCAGACCUCCUAUCCUUCCCACACCUACCCCCAGGCUCAGCCCCCAUACCCCCAGACAGACAUGGGGAUACCAGCUGCACCUCAGCCUCAGCCAGGGCAUACAGGCUUUGGGCCUGCACCACCCGGUCAGCCCCCAUACCCCACCCACAGCUCACCUUAUCCCAGCGCUGUGUCCUCCUACCCCAGCCAGACCACCCCAUACCCUGGGCAGCCCCAAGCUGAUAUCCUGACAGUUCAUCCAGGAAGACCCAGGCAGACCUCUCUAGCUGAUCUGGAGCACAAAAUGCCCACCAACUAUGAGACGAUCAGCAACCCCACAGUUGUUGUCACCACCACGGCCCAGGAUGCUACCUACUCCAGUGCAGCCCCCUCCUAUGGUCAGUACACUGGAACAACAACCAUGGCAAGCUCCUAUGGGCCCUAUGGCUCAGCACCAGUGUCCAGCAGCUACGGUGGGUACUCUGCAAUGCCCCCCAGCACUUACGGCCAGUACACUUCAACCUCAGCUAGUUCAUAUGGCCAGUACACUACAACCACUGCAAAUACUUAUGGCUACACCACCACCACAGCCAGCUCUUACGGACAGUACACUUCCACAGUUUCCAACGCCUACGGGCACUCUGUAGACAGUCCCUCCACCUACAGCACAGCAGAUGGGAUGUAUGGGGCUCCUGGCUUAGAGCAAAACAUUCCCAGGAACUACAUGAUGAUCGACGACGUGAGCGAGCUGACGGCAAAAGACGGGCUGGGCACGACGACAGGGGACAUGAUGCAUCAUGGGCGUUACCCGGGCGACAUCCACGGCCACAGCGGCACCACUGGCAGCACGACGCGCGGGGGAACUGGCAGCUCCCCUUACGGCAGGGCACCCGAGGAGGAAGCAGCGAUGCAGGAAGAGCUAUACGACCACCACGGCAGGGGUAAGAGCAGCUACAGGCACGGACCUCUAGGGGGCAGCAGCAGCAGCGUGAGCGCUAGCAUGGGUGGGGGAUCCCCCUAUUUCUAUGACUACGACUACAAACAUGGCAGCAUCCGCUCCGGGGUACAGAAACCUUCGUCAUCCGCCAGAAGCCUUCUGGCACCUGCUGUCAUGUCCUCCAAGCGCAGCAAGCACCGGAAGCUGGGGAGCAUGGAGCAGAAAAUCUCCAAGUUUUCCCCCAUCGAGGAGGCUCGGGAUGUGGAGGCAGACCUGGCCUCCUAUUCCUCUGCAACGGUCGGGGCUUACCCCUCCGCCCACAUUCGAGGGCGCCAGCUGAUCGAGGAUUAUGGCUUCAAGAGGAACACUUACGAGGGCGGCAGUGGCACUGCUAAUGCUAGUCGAUACUACGGCAUGAUGGUGGAGGAGGACGAUCGGAUUUACUACACCUCCACCGGCCGCUCCCGCUCCACUGGCUAUGGCAUGGACAAGAUUUCAUCCAGGGACUACUCUGGGUAUCGCAGCCGAUCCUACGAGAGGGACGACCGCUCCUACCGAUCUGGCUACAGGGGGCGCCACCCAACUCGGCAGUACUCUGAAGAGGAGAGCCCGCUCAGCCCCCUGGGAAGGUUCAUGGGUUCUGGCCGGUCUUCAAGCUUAGGCCCCGACCCGUACGACAGUCGCAGCAGUAGAUAUCAUUACUAUUACGGCCAAUACGGUUCCAGCCACUCGCUGCCAGAUGUUCAAGACCACAUAAGGGACCUUCCCCGGACUCAUGUCUACAAAUCGGAUGAUACAUACAUUAUAGACGAUUAUCAUUGUGCUGUGUCAGACAGCGAAGCCUACCAUCUGGGCCAAGAAGAGACCGACUGGUUUGAGAAGCCACGCUCCAGUUCUCGGCACUACGGCAGUCACUCGUCCGGGAGGAGCCGGCACAGUGUCAAACACACCUACCAUGAUUAUGACGAGCCUCCCGAGGAAGAUCUCUGGCCUCAGGAUGAGUAUAGCCACGGAGGGCGACACUCAACAUCCCGUGACCACAGACACCACGGCAGCACUAGCCGCCAUUCGUCCUCAACUCGCCAUGCAGAUGAGACGAGGACAUCGAGGUCCUCCAAAGGCCACCCCAAAGACCCGUCUAUGCGCCACGACCCUUCAGGACGAUCUUCGUCUUCAGGAAGGCGCGGUGACUCGAGGUCAGGAGCGUACCACUCAUCGGACUACUCCCGGGAUCCAUCUGGGCACCAUCACGGCCAGCGCUCCUCUAGGCAGGGCGACCCGCACAGGUCCUCCAGAAGCAAGUCGCAGGGGCCCGUAGAUAUGCAGGGCCAACCACCAGGCUCCUCCAGGUCUGGCAGCAGCUCAGCCCGGGCUCAGGGCCCCGGCGGUGGGCCUGCGGGAUCAGGACGACAGGGCGGUCCAGGCUCCCAGACGGACGGGCCUCCAGGACAGAGGACACAGCUCCAACAACAAGCCCAGACAUCAGCGGCCAGACCAGGGCAGCCCGGUGCCACGGCCACCACGGGGCCUCAGCAGCAGCCCCCUGCUGCAGGACAAGGCAUGGGCAUGGGCAUGGGGAUGGGCAUGGGCCAGGGCCAGGCCAAACCGGGCCAGAUGGGACCUGCAGGUGGACCCAUGGGUCAGGCCCGGCAGACGGGUCCAACAGGAGCAGCACCAUCCACCAUGACGAAGAUCGACACACCUCCGGCUACAGCCAUUGGAGCGAAGGCAGCACCGGUCACGGCCUCCAAGGCUGCACAGCCGCCACUGACAGGCAUCGGCUCCAAGGCAGCUCCUCGACCUGGAGGCAUCGGCAGCGCAGCAGCCGGGCAGCCUGGCAUGGAGGGGGAAGGCAUGUUGUCUAAGAUCCUGCCUGGAGGAGCCGCCGAGCAGGCCGGGAAGCUGGGAGAAGCUAUUUCCGGCUUUGGCAAGAAGUUCACCUCCUUCUUCUGA